AUGUACUUUUUAUCCCUCGCAGCAAUGCCUUUCCUGGCGUCAGCAGCCACGGCCGCGCCUACCUGCAACCGCUCGCACCUAAACAGCACCGUUGGUCUCUACACCGUCCAAGAAGGCGACACCAUGGCCAGCGUCUCCAACUCGGUGAACCGCGGAAUCUGCGAUAUUGCCCGACUCAAUCGCAUGGCCGAUGCCAUGAUCCCCUUUUUGACAGGAGAACAGCUGCUCAUCCCCCCGGAGACAUGCACCCCCGACAACUCCACGUGUCUGCUCUUUCCUAGCCACAACGACAACUACGCCGACUGCGUUUCCGGUGGUCCUCACACCUACUACACCGUGAAGGGUGACACUAUCCGGACUAUCGCCCUGAGACUGAACAUCACUGUCGACGCCCUCUCCGCAACUGCUCAGGGUGGAGUCAGUGAUCCUGAUGCACUGGUGCAGGUGAACAAUGAGCUGAAGGUCCCUCAAUGCAGUCCUAGUGCGUGUGAGGUCGAGCCGUACCAACUUAUUUACGGCACCUACAAAGAUCUAGCGGACAAGUUUGGCUCCACUGUGGGCCAGAUCAUGGCGUUUAACCCGACUUAUAAUCACUCGGAUGUAGCUAGGGGUGAGGGUGCCGUUAUUACUUUGCCCAAGAACUGCAGGAACUUGGGUGAUAAUGUUACUGUUAUUUCUUAG